AUGCCACAAAAGAGUAGAUUCACUGGUUCUUCAAGAAGAUCCUCCUCUUCCUCUCAUUCUUCAUCUUCUCACCAAGCACCACCACCAACACAACAACAAACUAGAAAUUAUUCUACAUCCACCCAACAACCACAACAAGCUAGACCACAACAACAAACCACUCCUCCACCACAACAUCAACAAACUCCUGUUCAAAGCGGAGGUCCUGGUAUCAUGGGAAAUAUUGUUUCCACGGUAGCUGGUACCAUGAUCGGUCAUGCUAUCUAUGAUUCAGUUUCUAAUGCUUUUGGAUCCAAGGACAGUAAUGGAGAACAACAACAAUACUCUCCACAGGAAAUGCAAAAGUGCUUCUCACAAAUGCAAUCAUUCUCUCAAUGUUUGGAGCAAAAUCCAUACUCUAUUGGAUCUUGUCAAUAUGCUUUUGAUAGUUUGAAUGAAUGUAAGAGAGGAUUGACUCCAAUGCCACAACAACCACAACAAACCAAUCAAAAUAGCGAAUGGUAA